GGCGGCACUGGAGAGCUGCUAGACCAGGGAAGCUGGCGAAGAGACGCAAGCCCCUUACUCUGGGCUCAGCGAGAUCCCAUUGGUUCCUCAGCUGCUGGUUUAAAGCAAAGAAGAGCUUGGAGGAUUGAACUGCACAGCCAGACGCAGACUCUCAGCCAAGUUGUCAGCACGCUGGGAGGAGGAGAGACACACACACGAGACUGCAGGGUGGCCGCAGCUUGAUGUUCAUUUCUGUCCAGAGAGGAAGAAAGGAGAGGGGACAAAAAAAAGCCCCAAACCCACAGAAAAGGGGGAAGGAGCCUGAUCCAGUCCAUCGGUCCUGGGGGGAAUAAUGGAUGUGACCAUAUCACAGUUCAUCUUAGAAGAAUUUGAUGUCAACUGCAGCCUCCUGGAUCGUUUACAAGAGACUUUUUUAGAGAGUUCCUCUAUCCCAUUCCUGGGCUUUGAUGGUCCGUACUGCAAUGCCACCACUGAUCAGAUCGGGACCUGCUGGCCCAGAACCUCUGCGGGGGAAUUAGUAGAGAGACCCUGCCCGGAAUUCUUCAAUGGGAUCAAAUACAACACCACGAGAAAUGCCUACAGAGAAUGCCUGGGCAAUGGGACAUGGGCUUCCAAGAUAAACUACUCUCAGUGCGAGCCUAUUCUGGACGACAAGAGGAAGUAUGCGCUCCAUUACAAGAUUGCUCUCAUCAUAAACUACCUGGGGCACUGUAUAUCAGUAGGGGCCCUUAUAGUUGCCUUUAUGCUUUUCUUGUGCUUGAGGAGUAUCAGAUGCCUGCGGAAUAUCAUCCACUGGAACCUGAUCACCACGUUCAUCCUGAGGAAUGUGAUGUGGUUUCUGCUUCAGAUGAUAGAUCACAACAUACAUGAAAGCAAUGAACCUUGGUGUCGAUGUAUUACCACUGUCUACAACUAUUUUGUGGUGACCAAUUUCUUCUGGAUGUUUGUGGAAGGCUGCUACUUACACACUGCUAUAGUGAUGACUUACUCCACAGACAAGCUGCGGAAAUGGGUCUUCCUCUUCAUAGGAUGGUGUAUUCCUUGCCCAAUCAUCAUUGCCUGGGCCAUUGGCAAACUGUAUUAUGAGAAUGAACAGUGCUGGUUUGGAAAGGAGCCAGGGAAAUACAUUGACUACAUAUAUCAAGGACCAGUGAUUCUUGUUCUUCUGAUAAAUUUUGUAUUUCUAUUUAACAUAGUUAGGAUUUUAAUGACAAAGCUGAGAGCUUCAACUACUUCAGAAACAAUACAGUACAGGAAGGCAGUCAAGGCAACGUUAGUUCUUCUGCCCCUGCUGGGCAUCACCUAUAUGCUUUUCUUUGUCAACCCUGGUGAAGAUGACAUUUCCCAGAUUGUCUUCAUCUAUUUCAAUUCCUUCCUGCAGUCUUUUCAGGGUUUCUUCGUGUCAGUAUUUUACUGCUUCUUGAAUGGUGAGGUGCGUUCUGCUGCCAGGAAACGAUGGCACCGCUGGCAGGACCACCACUCCCUGCGGGUGCGCGUGGCUCGGGCCAUGUCCAUCCCCACCUCGCCCACGCGGAUCAGCUUCCACAGCAUCAAGCAGACCGCGGCCGUGUGACGUGCCCCACGCACGCGCACGCACCACGUGGUGGCCUUCAGGGUUCUUCUUUCUUCACUCUUCCCAAGCCCCUCUCUUCAGCCUUUCUCCCUUUACUCUGCACUGCUCUCUUCUGCGAGGAGGCGCCCGCCGUGGUUUUGUGGACUCUCAUCUCCUUAUUCGUGAUGCUGCUUGAAGGCAACCAGGGAAAAGCCUCUCGGAGCAGGUGGUGGCGAAAGAGAUUGGAAGAAGAAAGAGAUUCAACAACUGAUUGCACCUUGUGGAAGUUCACAAUACAAUGUCUAAACCAGCAGACUGGCAGGAACAAUCAAAGUUUUUUCCU